AUGUUUGUGGAGAGUAACAGAAUUCGAGGCAGGAGCAAAGAAAGCAAGCCGUUUCGACAUAUCAUGGACCUGGGCAUAACGGGAUGCGACAGUGAUGAACUUCGGGUCCGAUCCAAGAACAGUCCGAUGUCAUCAAAGGGCCACUCCUGCUACCGCAUAACCAACCCAGGAACACCACAAUCCAUUAUGCACGGCUCAGUGAAACCUGGGAGCUGA